AUGACAUCAAACACCCCAGCUACAGCCUCAGCAGCUCAAAACUGCCUACAUAACCUCGACGUCUCCGCCUUCACCGACAGCGACGGUGUCAUCACAACAACCAUGAACGACCUCCCAGGUUAUCGCGUAGUCCGCGUCCUGGGUGCCGUGUUCGGCUUGACGGUGCAAUCGCGCAACUGGGCCGCGAGCAUGGGCAUGGUGUUGAAAUCCAUUGCUGGCGGCGAGCUACCCAUGUUCACAACGAUGCUGUACCGGGCGCGCAACGAAUCGGUUGGUCGAAUGGUGGGGGAGUGCCUGCACAAGGGCGGCAAUGCGAUUAUCGCGCUCCGGUUUGAUACGAGUGAUCUGGGUGGGUUUUCGCAGGUGUGUGCGUAUGGAACUGCUUGUGUUGUUGAGAAGAUUGAGUAG